CCGCAGUCACUCUGGUUUUAUUGUACUGUGGUUUCGGCCACAGUUUUUACUCAACGUACUCUUUGGGCGAGGUGACAGUUGUGUACUGUUUGUUAAUAUUUGAAGUGUAUUUGUUCAUUGAUUAAAGACGUCUACUUGUUGUGCAGACGAGAAACAGAAGAACCAACGCAUCUGACAGUACAUCUUAUAUCAUCAUCGUUACGUGAUAUAGCCCUUCGUCCAAUCAUUUGCGGUAGCAAUGUCUGUCUCGUCGAUGGAAAAGCAUUUGUUCAAUUUAAAGUUUGCUGUCAAAGAGCUUGAAAGAAACUCAAAAAAAUGUGAGAAGGAAGAAAGAGUUGAGAAGACUAAAUGUAAAAAGGCCAUCCAGAAGGGCAAUAUGGAAGGAGCACGAAUCCAUGCUGAAAAUGCUAUUCGGCAGAAGAACCAGGCACUCAACUACCUCCGGAUGAGUGCACGAAUUGAUGCUGUGGCCAGCCGUGUACAGUCAGCUCUCACAACCCGACGGGUUACUCAGUCAAUGGCAGGAGUUGUGAAAGCAAUGGAUGCUGCCAUGAAUAGUAUGAAUUUAGAAAAGAUAUCAGGCCUUAUGGACAAAUUUGAGAGCCAGUUUGAAGACCUGGAUGUUCAAAGUUCGUAUAUGGAAAAUGCCAUGUCACAGACAACCACCACAACAGUGCCACAGAGUGAUGUUGAAAACCUGAUGCAGCAGGUUGCUGAUGAGGCAGGGUUGGAAUUGAACAUGGAACUGCCAGAGGGUCAGUUAGGCUCUGUUGGGGCAUCAACACAAGUAUCUCAGGAGCAGGAUGAACUAACUCAGCGCCUGGCUCGUCUGCGACAAGUUUGAGUAGUGCAGGAGACUGGUGCUGUGCUGGAAUCGCUUGUGCCUCUUUUAGUCCCUGCCUAUUAAUAUAUCUUUGUAUAUUGUACGUGUAUGGUCCAUUGUUCAUAAUCUGUCAGUUAAGUUUUGGAGAAAUAAGUGUGUGUGUGUGUGUGUGUGUGUGUGUGUGUGUGUGUGUGUGUGUGUGUUGCGUGGAGAGAGUGAGAGUACAAUCGUGAGUGUGCAUGAAUGCUGUUUUUGUUUUUAUUGACUUGCUAAGGUGAUAGAUCUUUUAAAUUCAUUUCUAUUAAUUUUGUUCUGUGUACAUUUUGUUCUUUAGUGGAAGGCCAAUGUGCUUCUGCAGGUACUACAGCUACAGGCAAAAGAUGACCUCCGGUAAUAUUUUUAUCAGUAUAUCUGCAGGUGCACUGAACCCUGCACUUUCUUUUGGGAAUUCUUGUGUUCUUUAGUUUGUCAUAGUGACUACCAGUUUAAUUUUGAUACAAAAGCUCCUUACAAAGAAACCACAAUCAUAAAUUGUGUAUUGUAAGGAUUUUUUUUUUUUCCCCUAGUGGUUUCAUGCUGCCUGUGUAUAAUAUGCUUUGGUCCGUCUGAUCCAUCAUUAGUUGAAGGUAUUUAAACACUAAUUACAAGGGUAUCUUGUGUUUCUAGAAACUGAAAAUGGUCAAAUAGAAUUUCAGUGUGCUGUGACUUGAUUCAUAUCCCAUAGCAACUUCUACGGAAUGCAGUAAUGGAAGGUAUGGUUUCAAGUGUAGGGUAUUUGAGGGCUUUUCACACCUUUACUGCUUGUUUCCAGUCUUAGUUCAAAGUCACAUUCAGUUUUUAAUAUACAGAUAAAGCUUGGGUGUUCGCUACAGAAGACUUUAUCCUGAUAUAAAGACAAAACAGAAUUUAAAAUUUAUUGCGCGACUGCAUCAGAGAGAUAAUCUGAAUUGGUUAUUUGUAUACUGUCCUUGUAUGGCCACUGUCAUUUGUGAUUAUACUGAGAAAGUAUAAAAAAUUGCUCUUGUUAGUGUGUAGAAGUGUAUCAUGAAGAUAUGAUGCUUGUAAAUGUUGCACUCUUACUGUUGAUAAUAACAAACAUUGCACUUGUUUUGAUACACCAGUUCUUUUGUAAAUAUGAACUGUCAUCCAAGAGAUAUUAACUUCACAGAAUGUCAAAGAACAUAAUAAAACAGUUGAGUUGUGCUUGCAGUUAUUAAUUUUGAUUAGUUUGCUUUCAAAAAAUAAAUAUAUUUUUUUAACUCUCAUUUUCCACAUAUAGUAUUAUUUCCUAUUGCACUCCACUUAAGUUACUUCUCAGUCCCAAGUCAUUGUUAAUGUCUGAGAGUAUCUCCAAGAUACAUUGUGGUAUUAACACAUGAAGUGUAAUAUUCAGAAUUUCUGUUUCGGAAUAAAAUCACUAAAAAUGAGAACAUAAA